UCAUACAACUGUGUUUGUUUAAGUUAGGUGAUGUAACAAUUAUAAUUACAAUUUUUUUUCAAUAGUGCCAAAAAAAAAAGAAAACUUUUAUCCACAUUAGAUGACAGCCCUAACACACGUUCUCACAUUAUAUUUAUUCAGUCGGUACACCUAUUUACAUUCAACGAUUGAUGUGUUCCACGCAAGCCUAAGCAUAUAACUUCCUCCUACCAGUUUGAUAACACUGGUUUUACCGCCCGUGUGGACGACAUAACUGGCAGUGUAGCAAGCCGUAUGCAUUAAACUUAUCUCUUUCAAGUCUCAGCCCAUUUCAAGAAGCCAGACAGCCAUGCCACAAGUUGCUAACAAUACCGGAAGGUUAAUGGUUGGUUGGAUAGCCAUGUUUCUAGGAUUAAUCCUCCACAUAGUCGGUCAGGCCAUGCCCUACUGGUUCAGUAACUAUCUCGAUGAAUCCCCUACAAACUUUGGAUUAUGGCAAAUCUGCGAUAAUUUGAGCUGCUUUAGGAUAGCAAUCGACAGUGCAGUCCUAACAUUCAGCUACCAUGUCUGUCGAGCUGCGGCAGUGAUAGGAAUCAUAUUAGGCAUCACUGCUAUGGUCAUGAUGUUUGUCUACGCGUUCAAGGAGCAACCCAUCUACUCCUUGAUAUCGUCAGCUAUUGGAGUCUUGUCUUGCGUGUUCAUCGCUGUGUGUGUCAGUGUGUGGGCGACACAUGUGUUUGAUACAUACUUUACCAACUAUGGCACCUCGUUCUACCUCAGUUUAUCUGGGGGUGUUCUGUUGCUUAAAGGUAGCCUGUGGCUACUUCGUUUCUCUUUGGGACACUACCGUUGGGCAUAUCGGCCCAUUGAAUCAUAUUAGCCAUAUGGGAUAUUGCAUAUUAUGGUAAUGUAGCUACGUGCAUUAGUCUAUGAUUUGAUUUAUUAUAAUUCUAUAUACAUCGUAGCUACGUCAUAUAAAUACUGUCUUCGAUAUUUUGUAUUUAUAUUUCUGCUAUAUUUUUGCUUUUAAUAAAUGAUGAAACAUGUAUAGUUACAUUUAGUUUUAUUGCAAAAUAAAAGACGCAUAAUUGUUUUAAAUAAAGAUGUUAAAUACU